UACAGUAUGAACCGGCCUCAGCCUCGCCAGCAGACCCCUCAAGUGGGGGGGUCGCUGCCAUACCGCCGCCCCCCCUCUGUGACUGGGCAGCCAAUUGUAAUGCAGAACAACAUCAACGGGGGUCCCCACUACAACCAGAGCCCAGCCUCUCCUCCACCCCCCUCCCUCCUCCAGUUCACCCCUCAGCUUCCUCUCAUGGGUUUUGUUGCUCGAGUUCAGGAGUCCAUUUCAGACCCCACCCCUCCCACACACCCAUCUCCUGAGAGCCAGCCCAGACCAGAGGAGCCUCUAUCCACCCGACAGCUGCUGGAGGAGGAAUCAGCAGUGGUGGAGUACAGUGAUCCAUACGCUGAAGAAGAUCCACCAUGGGCCCCCAGAAGCUACCUGGAGAAAGUGGUGGCCAUCUAUGACUACACAGCAGACAAGGAGGACGAGUUGUCCUUCCAGGAGGGAGCCAUCAUCUAUGUGGUCAAGAAGAACGAGGACGGGUGGUUUGAAGGAGUGAUGAACGCCACCACCGGCCUCUUCCCCGGAAACUACGUGGAGUCCAUCAUGCACUACACCGACUGA